UCAACGAACCUUGUUCGAAAUGUGCGCGUCAAAAGGAAUUCGUCACUUAUUUCGAAGAAUAGCUUACGCUCAUAAACGUCGAUAGAUGUGUGAAUGUAGGCUGAUAUUGUUUGUCAUGUUCCAGAGUUUCAGUGAGCAAUAUGGAGACCGGAAGAUGCAGUUUCGCUUGUGCAUUUCUACAUUUGUUCAUAAAUGUUCUAUUACUGGUUCUCGGAAUGUGUUUACUUGGAUUUGGACUAGCUGAAGAAUCUACUCGGCUAACAUCCAUACUCUCGGCUGAAUUGAAAAUCGGAAGUCUUGCUGUUGUCAUAGGAGUCAUACUGAUCGUUAUGACGACGCUUAACUGUUGUUUCACUAUUGACGGCAGUUCUGUUUUUUACUACAUAUAUGCAGGUUUCCUCGUACUGUUGUUCAUUGCCAUGGUUGGACUUUUGGUGGCGUUCGGUCCUGAUUUCGGUACUAAAGUCAAGCAAGACAUUAGAGAGUCUAUGCGCGAAAUGAUGUAUUUCGAUCCCGACGGAAGUGGGAAAACUGGAAUGGAUAUCACCCAACAAAUGUUCCAGUGUUGUGGCGUUGAUAGCUACAAGGACUGGAACAGCGUAGCAGGAUAUUCAUUCAUUCCUGAUUCCUGUUGCGUUAAAUCAGGAUGCGACACUUCCUAUCUGAAGAAUAUAUACCAAGAAGAUUGUGUCUCGAGCAUGAUGAAGUCGGUCGAUGCCCUCUUCGCCAAAAUAACCGCAAUUGGGAUUGCCAUUACGAUAUUCCUACCUUUUCAAAUCAUUCUUGUCAUUUUUCUAGUCCGCUGCGUUCCGAGUGAUCCUGUCUAUCAAUAGUUAAUUUGUUUGUUGCUACAAAAAGGAAAAAUUUGAUUGUGAAAAGAAUAGACGCCCGUAUCAGGUCAUCUCAAUUUAUUGUUACGAAUUAAUCACACUGUGGAAAGGCCCGCAAAAGUACAAUCGAGGGUGAAAAAACGAGUGAGUUCAAUCAUUGACAACUGAAAGAAACGUCAUAUCAAAAAGGGGGGUAUCCCCCUGACCUACCAAAAAAUAGGCAGAAAACAUUUAAUUCACAUCAUUUAAAAUAUCUGAUAGCGCUCGGGCUAAUUUUGGAUCACAAGCACGAACAAGUACUGCCGGCUUGAAAGACGUGACGGCUCCUUCAGAUGGCAUGGAUUGACCUGCAAAAGCUUAGGUGCUUAAGCUCUCUCUCGGAACAUUUA